UGUGGGUCCAGUGCUGUGUAACCUCCACUCAGUGAGUCCUCAGAGUCCAGGAGGAGACGAGCGGCGGAGGCAACUGUCUGCGAACUGACUUACACGACACCGGGGGGACGCACGCCUCUGCAGACAGCGGCUCCAGGUUUGUCCGAUAAACUCCUGAGUUAAGGUGCCGUCAGGUCUAAGGACUUCAGCUUGGACUCUAGUCCAACCAGGUUUGGUCACCUCCGGAGAUAAGCAACCACAUCCACUAAGUCUCUGUCCGGGCCCAGCCGAGUUUGCUCCAGUUCUUAUUGGGGGCUGGUCCAGCGUCUCAAGCUGGACGGAGGAGAGAAAAGUGGGGCCGAGGGCCCGGCCGAGGGCCCGGCCGAGGGCCCGGCCUUCGUGCUGCGACACAGAACUUCUAACCUCGUACAACACACCACAGAUACCACGCCUACAGAUCCCAUGAGUCCCAGGGAGAAAGAAGACACGCCCACCUCAGGUUCUUCAACCAGUCACCUCAUUACCGCUGAGUGCCCCUCACACAAUGGGUGUGUCCCCGAAUGCGAUGAGGAGAGAAAAAAAGAUGAAGAGGAUGACAGAGGAAGGGAAGGAGGGGAGGAGGAGAAAGAACGGGAAGAGGAUGAGAGGAGCAGUGAUGAAGGUUUCAUGGGAAUGAAGCCGCUGCUGCAGGCUCACCACGCCAUGGAGAGGAUGGAGGAGUUCGUACACAAGGUGUGGGAGGGCCGGUGGCGCGUCAUACCUCACGACGUGCUCCCCGAUUGGCUGAAGGACAACGACUUCCUGCUUCACGGCCACAGGCCACCCAUGCCUUCGUUUCGCGCCUGCUUCAAGAGCAUCUUCAGAAUCCACACGGAGACGGGAAACAUCUGGACACACCUGCUAGGCUGUUUGGUUUUCCUCUUUCUGGGUCUGAUGUACAUGUUCAGUCCCAACAAGUCGUUCGUGGCUCCCGUCCAGGAGAAGGUGGUGAUCGGGGUGUUUUUCCUGGGAGCCAUCCUCUGCCUCUCCUUCUCCUGGCUCUUCCACACAGUCUACUGCCACUCUGAGGGCGUCUCCAGAGUCUUCUCCAAGCUGGACUACAGUGGGAUCGCCUUCCUGAUCAUGGGCUCAUUUGUUCCCUGGUUGUACUACUCCUUCUACUGCUCCCCUCAGCCUUGUUUCAUCUACCUGAUAGUGGUGUGUAUACUGGGACUGUCGGCCAUCACCGUCUCUCAAUGCGACUUCUUUGCCACACCACAGUACAGAGGAGUCAGAGCAGGAGUGUUUGUGGGUUUGGGUCUGAGCGGCGUGGUUCCCACGCUGCACUUUGUGAUCAGCGAGGGUCUGAUCAAAGCAACCACCAUGGGUCAAAUGGGUUGGCUGCUGCUGAUGGCGACGCUCUACAUCACCGGAGCCUGUUUGUACGCCGCUCGCAUCCCAGAGAGGUUCUUCCCCGGCAAGUGUGACAUCUGGUUCCACUCCCACCAGUUGUUCCACAUCUUGGUCGUCGCCGGGGCUUUCGUCCAUUUCCACGGUGUCUCCAACCUGCAAGAGUUUCGCCACAAGGCGGGUGGAGGCUGUGCCGCGGAUGGCACUCUCUAACACACACACACAUACACACACUGACUCACCCGUUCACUCACACGUAUUUUAACUGGGAGGCACCGGUUCUACUAACAUGCACAGAAUUACACACACACACACAAGCUUCUCAAACACGUGCUAAGACAUGCACACACGCGCUCUCUCACCAAACUGAAGACCAGCGUGGCUUGUCCGGUGUGUGUCUGUGUGCGUAAUAAACAGGACGAGCUCCUACGGGGCGCUAUUAAAACUGAUCGAGGAGGGGUUUUGUUCUCUUCCCGUUCCUCUGUCUGCCCGUUCCAUCCCUCACCUCAUCAGGCUAUAUUGCUUUGACUUCCAAGAUGGUGCGUUUUGUUAAACUGUUUCUGAGACUCUUCUCUUUCCUGGAAGGAUCUCCGUUUGUUUAGGGGAUGAGACCUUCAGAGCCUCUUCUGUUUUCUGACGUUUAAUAGUUUGAUUUGAAGAGGAAGCAGAUAAAAAUACAUUUUUGGGUGUUUUUUGCUGAAUGCUGUUUUCCGAGUCACAUUUUAGAAAAAAGAAAAGGAAUUGAGCGGGAAAUGUCUUUGGAUUUCUUCCAUGAUUGUUGAGGUUGGGUGGGGGUGGGUGUGUUCAUGUGGGCGGGGGGUUUAAAUAGUCACUUUUAAAAGCAAAAAAAAGAACCCUUUUCCAUGUAAAUAAGAUUUCUAAAUUUUGGGUUAUAGAUUUGUAUGAAAUAUAUAUAUGAAAAAAUAACAAAAAAUUAUGUUAUGUGAUGGCAAGAAUGAAUAUGUUAGAUGAUAAAUCAAUAAAAAAUGGAGGAGAAGAGGCGUUUUAUCUACAACGUGUUCUGGCGGUGAGGUGCAGUGGAGUGAAUAAUAUAUUCUGUCAGUGGAGGGAAGUGCUUCAAAGAAUUUCAUUAAGUCUGUAUAUGCAAGGAUGAGAGGCAGAGACGACGAGGAAAUAUGAGGCACAACACCUGAAUAUUGGCAAAUAAGCAGCGACGACAAGACGCGAACUCAAGAGUCCCUAUCCCGACCCAAAAACCUUUAAAUGUAAACGAGGAGACUACCUCGUCGAACCUGCGCCCUUGUGUUUUUUAAGCAUCGCAGAAUCACAGCACCGUUCUCUAAUCAGACCUCAUGAAUAAAACGUUCCCGUGCGCUUGAAACCAAAUAUAAAGUCCAAACUAUGAAACCUAAAAGAGUCACCUUGAUGUGUAGCCAUGUUCAUUUGUCUUCUUACUGUAAAUUGUCAUAUAUUGUAUAUCUAAAGAUAAAACAAAUUUCUAUGCCACCGAUAUAAGUUUAUUGUUUUUUAGGACAUGCCCUGAAAAGACGUCACGGAUAACGAAGACGAUUUUAUAAACCGAGUCAUUAAUGUCCCUUUGGUACUGUAGCUUUACAGUAUUCGUACAGUACAGAUGCAGUUCAUCGUAGUCCUCAUGACACUCGGAUUCACCUCUGCACAGAAAAAGGAUUCUCUGUCUGAAAAAAUGUUUUUUCCCUCUGACUGGAUUGUAUUUUAAUUUAUCCACUGCUGCUUUUGUUAUUAUUAUUAUUGUUAUCACAAGCUUUAAUUUCACUUUUUGUUCUUUUCUCUUUGACCUUUUUUUUUUUCAUCUGUCGUUAUUGCUCAGCUGGAGACCAUCUGUCUCUCAUGCUAAAAAAUUAUCCCCAAAAAAAGGUCUGACAACGUUGUCAAACUGACCAUAACUACUACAAGGCCACAGAUAAAGAUCCUUCAUGUGGAGGUUAAUACACGGUGACGUUUUAAAAAAAUCUUGCACAUGCACAAUAGAAACACUUACAUUCUGGGCCUGUUUUUUUUUAUUGUUUGAACUUAAGCUUUGAACAGGAAGUUGAAUUAUCAUUUUGAAUGAUCAACAUCUCUUGUUGUGUUACACUUUUGCUUUUCAGAACAAAACAAAUCUUGUUUUCAUCUUGUUUUAUUCUUUCUUUUUCUCAUUUCCUGUUUUUAUUUUUAUCUAGUUUAUAUUAAUUUAUUUGUCUUGGGGAGUGUGUAUUGUCUGUUGAAGCACACGUUCCGUUCUGAUGGGAGUGUCUGAUUGCAAUGGACCUUUAUAUCUGCUGUAUUGUUCUAAUAAAAAGGUUUUUUGAAUCUGU